AUGACCUUGCCUGCUGACGUUGGCGAUGCUCGCUGGGCGGCCCUUGUCAGCAUUCUCAAAGACGACAGAGUCCUCCUUCUGCUGCCACCUUCCGACAGCGCCACUACCCUCACCGAAUCUGCCCGGCAUCUGCGCAUCUCGGUCACGGAUGCUCUUACCGAUAUCGAUCAAGCAUAUGCCCCAGCCAAAUACCCAUUUGCCUUUGCCAUCAGAAGUGACGGACUUCAGAAGCUCAGGGAUCUCCUCGACCUUGCACUGGAUGCGCCUUACGACGAGGAAGUGAUUGUGGUUCUCUUGAGUAUGAUGCGAAAGAUGUGCAACGACAAGCACGUGUCUUUGGAUGUAGAGACACUGCAAGGUUGGGUGAAGGUCCUCUUCGAGGUGGGGAAGGCGCUGCACAAGUUCAUCGAAGGAGGCAAAGGGAGAGGACCAGUCAUCUCAAAGGCCAAAGGACUGAAGACGCAACUGGACAACCGCAUGCUCCUAACCAUCGCCGAAGCCGGCUUUCCGACUGGUGAUUCCACUGCGCUCGGCUCAUACUUUCUCAAACAACCUCAUGGCUUUCGCUGGCAAGGUGAGGUGACCGGCCCAGAGGAGCUCUUGAAGAUCAUCCCAAAUGUCACCAAGUCGACCGCAGCGUUCCGCCUCGACGACGGAGAUGCUCACACCAUGACGUACAAGCUCUUUCCAGCAGACGCUCUCCGCCUGAACGCUCUUUCCCAAGACAUCCGCGGGGUCCUCAUCGGCGAGGGCGGAAUGGAUGGAGUCAAAGCAGCGGCCGGUCUGGCCAAGCUUGUGCAACGCAAGAUCCAGCGCUAUGUGAAGUUUCCGCCCAUUUUGCUGCUCUGUCGGGUGCUCAGCGCCUGUCUUUGCGACAUUGCGGAUGAAGCCACUGCAGAUGAGGCCAUCAACGCCGUAUUGGACGUUAUGGAUGCGGUGAAGCAGUCCCUGGAAGCCAACACCCCGGUCGGAAGCAUCCCGCAUCUCGACAGCAGUACCGUAAAGGCGGCGACUCCACCACAUCUCAAGCAUCUCUUCGACACCACUAUUCCCGAGGAUCCGGCAGCCGUUGAGGCAAUGUUCAAGCGGAUGGUAGCUGAGUUUGGCAAGCGUAGACAAGAGAUGGUACAAGCCGAAAUACAGAAGCUGAAGGCUCGUCGAUUGAAAUGCGAGCGGGUAACGUUGUGGGUGCACCCCAGCGACGCCAGUGUUCUCGACCUCUCCGACACCUGCAGAUUCGCAUACGAGGAGGGCUUGGCGCGGGAGGCGGAGAACUUGAUGGAGGAGAGCGUUGUCGGGAUCCGUGAAGAGCUGGAGCGAUGCAUCAAGGAACAUCAACAAGAUCGAUAUGGCACACCUCUACACUAUCUCCCUCGUCCGGCUGCAGAUCAGCUCGAGAGGCUCGGGGAACUGCUGGAUGCCAUGUCCGUCUUGGCCAAGUCUGGAUGCGGAGCAGUCACGGCAGGUACUCGCGAGGAUACCCUUCGGCAGAUCGAUCCUUAUGAUGGCAAGCCAUUUGCCGUUGUCGCUUCUGAAGCCAUGGGCGCUGGCCGAUCAAGACAUUAG